CGCAGUACAACACUCCACUCAUUCCGCUCCGCGCUCCCGCGUGUACCGUUUGGUGUCCUCAGCAACUCCGCAAACGGGGCUACCAAGAGCUUUAAGAUGAAAAACGACGGAAAGUUAAACAAUUCCGACCUUUCUCACAAUAUCGCAGGAUAUAAAUAGUAUUUUUGGAAUAGAUUGGGAAUGACGAGAGUGGAAGUAAGAGCGUUGAAACGGCGUGUUCAAAUAGAACCCAACAUGGCGCUGCCUACGACCGAGCUGAAUUAAUUUCUGGAGUCCGCGGACCUCGCCACCUGUAUGCUUGCGCUCUGCUAAACGGUACGUUACCACGCCUCUGGGUCGUUCUGUAAAGAAUGAUUGAAAAUCUUUCUCGGGAUUUGUCACACGAAGUCGAUUUUUGCCGACAUUUUCUCUUUAAAAAAGUGUUUUGAAAAUAGCACCGAGUGUAACAUUUGGUAUAAUUGACUGAUAACUAAAUACACAGUAAGAAACACUUCUGAAUGUUUAUAUCCAACGACUUGAAUAUUCGCUGGCCCGGGAAGGGAUGGAUAUCUAUGCUUUUAUAAAGGAAUCCUAAACUCAACGCACGGAUCUUUGCUCAGAGCCGUGAACAACUUGUGGGGAAAAAACUGGAAAAAGGCGUCAAGUUGACAGCAGACGAUUGGAAUUAGCGGCUAACUGCCAGGAGAUGACCUGUUAGUGAUGCGGGGACCCAGAGAAAUCUGGAUUUAAGUGAAGGGAACCACAUCAUACAAAUCAUGGUGGAUGCCAGGUUAACCCCCCUGGCCGCCAUGGGUCUGGACCGCAAUGCUCUCAUGCGGGAUGGCCUCCGCCUGCACGGCGGCGUGAUCUACCCAGGGAUCCAAGCGCUGUCGGCUGAGAAGCCCCGCGAAGUGACCAAUACCCUCCCCCUGAGCUACGGCCGGGACGGCCUCCCGGACCUCCUCUAUAAGCCUGAUGUCUCCAUGGACAGGAGCAAGCCUAGUAACGGCUACAUGGGCCUGUACAAGAGCCCUCCACCAGGCCUCCAGAGGGGGCCAGAGGGCCUAGACAGGAUAGGCGUGGGCCUGGGGGGGCAGAAGCCCUCAGAGUUGGGCCUGGGGGGUGCUGGAGCAGGCGGGUACCUACGUCUGCCCUGGGGGCUGAGCCCGGGGCUGUACCCUGAAGCGGGCCUCUACCCCUUCAUGGACACGUCCAAGUACGCUGCCCUCAGCAUGUACAAGGCUCAAUUCCUCAGUCAGCCCAGCCCCUACCUGCCCCAGCACCUGGCCUACCAGUCCCUCUGUGCCUCCCAGGGGGGGAACAUGAACCCUGCUGCUGCCUCGGCCACCGAGAGGCUCUACUUCAUGCCCCCCUACCCCCCGUCCCCCAUCUCCUCCCCCCUGGUGGGGUCUCCCAUGAGGAUCCCAGCGGUGUCUGUGGCCCCCACCUCCAUAGUACACUGUCAGGAGAAGGGGCUGAGUGUCGGGUCUCGCAUCCACCACGAGGGCUCUCCGUUUGGGCAGCAGCUUCACCAGCCUCCCCCUCCACCCCAGCACCUUCAGCCCCAACACACAGACCGAGACAGACCCCCCAGCAGGAGCAGUAAGCCCACUAGACCCACCUCAAACAAAGGAGCCAGCAACAGCAGUGGUAGUAGUAGUAGUGGUGGUGGUGGUGGUGGUAGUAAUAGCCUUCCCAUUGAUUCCUCCCCUCGCGCCUCUACUCGCCUCCCCCAGCCUGCUCCUCCCCUGCCUCCCACUCUCAGCGACAGCACCUUAGACCUACAGAGGCCAGUCCCUCGAAUAGGGCCACCAUCUUCCUCCUCCUCAUCUUCUUCCUCUUCCCAGUCGAUGCCUCACCCAUUCUAUGUGAGCAGCAUUGCUCAAGAGCACCCCUCCCCCGCCCGGCCCAGCCCCCAUAAACCCAGACCCAGGGAUGGGGCGUCGGAGCACAGGGGGUGUGAAAGGAAACCCAAUCAGUCCCCUUCUAAACCAUCCCCUGAGCGGAAAACCCCACCAAACAAGACUGCCAAAGACCCAGCAGACCCAAAGCCUCUGGAUCUCUCUGGAAGGCUGCUGGAGUUUGACCUGACUCCCAACAGCUUCCCCAUCAAGAUGGAAGCUCUGGGGUCUCUGGGGCCUCGGUACGGACAUCCCCCCAGCCGGGAGCUCCUGAAGGAGACCCUCUCACCCUCCUCCCACCCCUCCCACUCAGUGGUCAGAAGCACUUUCUCCAAGGCCCCAGACAGGUCAGAGAUGAUCAGCACUUUGCACUCCUCCUGGGUGGUGCCUACCCCUACACCUAUCUCCACCAUUGGGUCCAGCCACACACAGCCCCACACCCCAGCCCUAUCCCCCUCCCCCAGGCCCAGCCCAGACCCCCAAGGGAAACGCUCCUCUCCCUCAGUCAUCAAACACAAGGUUAUAGAGAGAGUCCUGCCCCAGUCCCAGCAAAGCAGCCCAUCAUGCCUCAGGGUGGGAGAGCCACAUACUACCCCAAUACCUUCCAAUCACAAGCCUGCCUCCACGAUGCCCCCGUCCCCCAAACCCAAUGGUGAUUGGCCCAAACACAGCCCCAGCCAUUCAGAAGGUUCACCCAUGGCCGGCCAUCAUAGGAGCACCACAGAGAAGUCUCUUAAAGCCCCCAAGAGGGCUGAGACGUCCCAGGAGAUGUCUCCCUAUAAUAAACGUCCCUGUCUGGAGAAUACCAACGGGCACCCGCCCAGCCACCUUUACCUAGCUCACAGCAUGGCCUAUGCCAACCGAUACCUGCACUACUCUGUACCCGAUAGCAUGGCCCUCCAUUCUCUCCCUCUGCCAGGGAAGGGCCCAGCCUACCCUCACCCCGUCCUGCUGGGCAGUAGCAGCCUGUACCCCUCCCACCUGGCAGCCAAACAGCCCUUGCCCUACCACAGCCAUGCUGGGGAGUACCUCACCUACAACUCCCAGGAGAUGACCCACCCUCUGAUGCACGCACAUCCAGACUCCAAAGCCCUGGAGCGGGCAGAUCAGGGGCCCAAGUGCUGGGGCCAGGGUCAGGACAAACCUAGGGGUCUCACAGAGGAUUGUGGUGGGUCCCGCAGGGGCCGAAGUGGUGUGGAAACAGGAGAGGGGUCCCACGUGAAGCCCAAAAGAGAGGACACGGAGCAGGGAGGGAGCCAGCCCAGACCUACUUCCUCCUCCAGCUUCAGUACCCUCUCCAAAGAACGUAUCGUCUGCAUUGACCUCGUCCACUCCGACACAGAUGGAGAGUCCACUCCGACCACCAACAAGCCGCAAGUCUCUGUCACCAUCCCCAUCGCCAGGGGCAACCAACACAAGUGUUGCCAUGGCAAUGAAAACAUUAGGGAAGUGGAACGGGAGCCAAAACACCAACUGCAUCAUCACUACCCCCACCAUCUUCAUCACCACCCCAGCCCAAGCUCCACCAUGACAACUAUCCACACAGACAGACAACCAGAGACCCUCUGUGUGAGACCCAAGCCCCUCCAGGAGACGUGCUGUCCAGGUGUAGCCUCUAGCCCACCUCAGGGCUCCCCAAUGCUGGUUAAUCGGGCCGAGGAGAGUCCUGAGGACCAGAGCCCUUCCUCAGAGCCAGGGGACCAAGGGGAACAGGACCAGAGCACCCUGCGCUGUGCCCGAACGUCUGGCGACCGCAAGUCUGUCGACCACAUCUCUGGCAACCGCAUGCCUGGUGAACGCACAACUGGGGAUUGUGACCGCAAGUCUGUCGACCACAUCUCUGGCAACCGCAUGCCUGGUGAACGCACAACUGGGGAUUGUGACCGCAAGUCUGGCGACCACAUCUCUGGCAACUGCAUGCCUGGUGAACGCACAACUGGGGAUUGUGACCGCAAGUCUGGCGACCACUUGUCGAGAGAUGGCACGUUUUCUUGCGACUUCACGUCUGGAGAGGAGAGAGAAGAGAUGGACAGACGAACCUCCUCCCACCCCAUCCAUCGCUACAUGGGCCUGGGGAAGGAGAGGGACAGUGAAAGAGAGAGCGUUGGAGACACAGAGGAGUCACAUGGAGAAGGGGAUGAGGACGAAGAGGGUGGGCGAAGAGGCUCACGGAGGACCAGCCUGACCAAGAGGAUCGCUAGCUCCUCGGGCUAUGUGGGUGACCGCAUCAAAUGUGUCACGACCGAGCUGUACGCAGACUCUAGCAAGCUGAGCCGAGAACAGCGCGCUCUGCAAAUGGAAGUCAUAUCACGAGAGGGGAGUAAUAUAAGUCGACCUGCAGCUAUCUGGGAGCGGGCGAUGAUGCGGUUCUCGGAGCUGGAGCUGAAGGAGAAGGAGUGCGGGGGUGUGUGUGUGUCUAUGUCGGCAGCGGUAGCAGGAUGGGACUUGGCAGACGGCCAGCGGAGAGAGAGAGAGUGGGAACACUGCCAACACACCGCCAGGCAGGGAGAGAGGGAGGGUGGAAGAAAAGUCUAUGGGAACAGAGUCCCAGUCCUCCAGAGGUGUGGGGGCCAAAGGGAGAGCCUGUCCCCAGGGCAGGAGGCCUGGGAGGGGGCUAGAGAUGGUGCCAGAGUGGGAGAGGGUGGGCGCCGUUCACCUCCCAUCCUGGCACUGGCAGAGGGGCACCCCAAGGAGAAGGGAGGGCAGAAUACGGUACCCACAAGCAAAUGCACACACUGCCUACAGGAGAAAGAUGAGGAGGAGGCAGGAGAGAAAAGGGUAGAGAAGAAGGCAAGGAUUACUUCAGAUGUCUGUGUGCUGCCUACGGCUCCUACUAGUAAUGAUGAUGAUGAUGAUGAAGAGGUCAGGAAGCUUAAGGUGUGUAUUGAGCUGAAGGGGCUCUGCCUCCGCAAGCCCACCGCCUCCUCCCCCGAGAGACCAGAGGUCAAAGAGGAGGCGUGGUCAUCACAUCACAGCCCUUCCUCCCUGCCCCGGACCCGUGCCCAAGCCCCGCCCCCGCGGGACAGGAAGUUCAAGGUUGACCUGGAAGUGAAACCUCUGCCACAGAAACCAGAGAUCACGAAGAGCUGGGCCAGAGAGAUGCUGGCUAACGGAGAUGCUAAACGCGUUGGAUUACUCCCUUUGACCCAGCAGAGGGACAGAUCGGCCCCCCAGGGGCCCUUGAUGGGACCAGGCUGUGACCGGGGAUCCAAGGAGCCCAGGAGAGGAGGGGUGGGGGUGAAGACUGUGGGUCAGUUCCCCCUCCCCUCUGCCCCAGAGCCCCCCACCGGAGACACCACCUCUCUCAAGCUCCGUCGUCAUGGUGACAUGGACAAACCCAAAGGCAAGCGGCCGUGCAAGACCAAACACACCAGCCAGAGGGAGAGGGAGAGGGAGAUGGAGCGGAGGAGAGAGCUGCUGAAUGGAGCUAGCAACCAGCACGGCAGCACUGAUCUGGGAGCAGCUCUGGUGGACAAGGUCAGUGAGCAGUGUGCUCGGAGGAAAAGACCCUCUUCUCCCCUCCAUUACCUCGGCUCUCCGGUCAAGCCCUGUUCCCCCGCAACGCGGCCCCUCUCCCUACCCCCCCUGUUGAACGGCAGUGGGACUGUCCCACCAGAGAAAGCAGGGGUGACGAGGGCACCCCCUGCUGAGCCUCCUGUGGUGCGGCCCAUCCCCCCUGAGGCACGGAGACUAAUCGUGAACAAGAAUGCUGGAGAGACGUUGUUACAGAGAGCGGCACGGCUCGGAUACGAGGAGGUGGUGCUGUACUGCCUGGAGAACCGUGUGUGUGAGGUGAACCACAGGGACUAUGCAGGCUACUGUGCCCUCCACGAGGCCUGCGCCCGCGGCUGGCUCUCUAUAGUCAUACACCUGCUGGAGCACGGUGCCGACAUCAACUGCAGCGCACAGGAUGGUACUAGGCCUCUGCAUGACGCGGUGGAAAAUGACCAUCUGGACGUAGUGCGGGUGUUGCUGUCCUACGGGGCUGACCCUACCCUGGCUACCUACUCCGGCCGGGGUCUGCUCAAGAUGACCCACAGCAACAGCAUGGAGCGAUUCCUCACUGAUUAUUUUGCUGACCUGCAGGGCCACUCUGAUGACGACCCAGAGAUCCACUGGGAAUUCUAUGGCAGUGCUGUGUGUGAGUCCUUAGAGGAGGGCAGUGUGUGUAACAUGCUGGCGGAUCCCCCAGGGCCAGAGGAAGAUGAUGAGGACAGGAGGGAGCUCUUUGAGUUUGAGUUCUCCAACCAACCCCUCCUCCCCUGCUACAACAUCCAGGUGUCCUUGUUGCAGGGGUCCAGGAACUGGCUUCUCCUCUCAGAUGUUCUCCGGAAGCUGCGGAUGUCGGCCCAUUCCUUCCGCUCCUCCUUCCCCCACAUGAAGGUGGUGACAAUGUCCGAGGCAGAGUUUUACCGCCAGGCCUCCCUCUCCCAGCUCUUCUCCUGCCCAGACGAGCUGGAGGGCUUCCAGCCAGACAGCAAGGAGCUGCUGGACCUGGUGGAGGGGAGUGCUGAGCUGGCUGCUCUGCUGGGAUCCACCCUGGAGUGCCUGGAUGACCGCUGGGACGAACCCCUGGAGGCUCACGUUAAUGCUAAGGCUAAUGUUAAUGGGAACAUUAGGGCUAAUGCUAACGCUAAGACUAACACUAAGACUAAUGUGGGGGUCUACGAUAGGUGAAUGAGUAAGACCCCUGCCCUGAGAUGAACUCCUGCUCUGGACCGGUGGACUGUAUGGACGAACGGACAGACAGAGCAGCAGAGACCUGAAUGUGUCUGGACAUCAAGCGAAGAUGAAGAGGCGACUGUAAAUUAACAAUUGUCUUAUUUUUUAUACAUGUAUUAAUAUAAGUAUAAAUAUAUCUGGAAAUGUUAUCUUGAUUUCUCUCCUGCAAUUGUGUGGUUGUGUUAUCAUGACUGGAAGGUUGUGUGUAUGUGUGUUAAACAGUAUAAUAUAUAUAUGUGUGUGUGUGUGUGUUCAGUUUAUAUGCCAUAGUGUGUGUCUGAGCACUGAGGCAGCGCUUUUGAAUGUCACAUUUUUUGUUCAUAGGAAGCACAUGAUGAGGAUCAGUUGUAUAGUUUUUUGUUCUCCUCAGACAGAGUUAGCACUCUAAUCACCCUCAGGGGCUGUUUUGUACCUGUGUUCAAUCUGCUUCUCAUUUGGUCUCUAAUUUCACUUGCAAAACUGAGGAGAUGUGUUUUUGUAUAAUAUUAAAGGUUUAAAGAUGAGAAGAUAUUCGCCCUUCGGUACAGAACUUGUACAUAACAGGGUGGCUAUUGCAGUACAGUAACAGUUAUACUAUGUUUUUUUUGUAAUUAAAAUAUUUCAUUUGUAUUUAUAUUUUGCCAGCAAAAUUAUCAAAAUAAAUCUUAACAUUUGCAAGAAAGUUUA